AUGGACUUCAAAGCUCUGAUGGCGGCACAGAUCGCCAAAUCGAAGCCUGCCAAAUCUCCCUCUCCGGCACAAUCCACUCCGUCUCCAACGCCUACAACGACCACGACCACGACAACGACAGCGACCUCCAAAUACCUCCGGCGCGCCGAACUCGAAGCGGCCCGUGAAGCUGCAUACGCGGCCGAACAAGCGCGGAUCGAAGCGGAGAGACAGGAACGGGCGGCGAAAAAGCGCAAACUGGAAGAGGAAGAGGAAGAGCGCAAAGCGAUCCGCGAAGAAAAGCGACGCCGGCUAGCCGAAGAGUCACGCCGUCGCCGAGAAGAAGAAGAGCGCGAAGAAGAGCGGAAACGCAGGAAACGACUCGGUCUGCCGGACCUACCACCACCGACAGACACGACCAACGCCUCUCCUGACGGUGAAGGAACCAACAGCCAACAAGACAUCCCUGACGACGAACUACGGCAGAAACUGCGCGACCUCAAGGAGCCAGCGACGCUCUUCGAUGAGACACAUUCCCAACGACUGCAGCGCCACCGCAAACUGACCGAGAAGGCAGUGGUCGCGAAGACCAAACCGAAAGUCUACGACGGCCCGAUCCCCACGACCCUCGAACCCGUGGCCGAGAAGGACAUGUUGUUGCCCACGACGCUCCCGGCAGCCGACACGCCGGACCACGACUUCCUGUACCGCCAGCUCGCGUCGUGGUUCACCUUGUUGCUGACGGAGUGGUCGAUCGCGCUGGCGCAGCGUGACGCGGCCGUGCGGGCGUCGACGUCCGGCAAAGCCGCGUUCAACAGCUACCAGCUCGUGCUGAAGGACUUGACGCCGCUGUUCCGGCGCUUUGAGCGCCGCGAUCUGGAGCCCGGCCUGCUCGAGCCCAUCUGCCAGAUCGUGCGGGCGGCGCAGCGGCGACGCUAUGUCGAGGCCAACGACGCCUACUUGACCCUGUCGAUCGGCAAGGCCGCCUGGCCCAUUGGUGUCACCAUGGUGGGCAUCCAUGAGCGGUCGGCCCGCGAGAAGUUGCAUGAGAGCAGUUCGGGCAAGCAGGCGCAUAUCCUCGCCGACGAGGUCACGCGCAAGUUCCUGCAGAGCAUCAAGCGCUGUUUGAGCUUUGCGCAGACCAGGUGGCCUCCGGAAGAUUUGGCGCAGUUGAUGGGCUGA